AUGAUCCUCUCAACUCUCCUCUCCCUUCUCUCUAUCUCCACCCUCGUCUCUAGUACAGAAUUAACGGGUUUCAUCGGCAUAAAACCUCAAAACAAGGCGCUCGGCGAAUUCUACGCAACUUUCGAAUAUGAAUACCACUCCGUAACGAUCCACGACAAAGCUACCAUAAGUAUGGACCCUACCGGCCGUCGAACCUGGGUUAUUACUCCAUCGCCCACAAAGCCCGGCACUGUCGUUAUCGCCUCCCAUUGGCUGGAUUAUACAGAGCCUCAAGGAUGGGUUCCAUAUGAGCGAUUGGUUAGUACGACUUCGUCGGUGAGGUGGGUUGAUAUUAAGAGUAUGUAUGAUGCUGGGAAGUAUAAUAAUGCUGGAUUUCGGAUUGUGAAGAAUAAUAAACCGGUGGUGUUCGAUGUUGUGUUCAUCGCUCAGUAUGUGAUACUCCCGCCGAGGGACCAAAUACCUAUGACAGCGCCUGGACAAUGGGGCCCUCCGAAGUUUCAUAUGUGCGUGAAGAACAGCGACUUUGAGAAUUGGUCUGGAGAUGCCGAGCACGAAGGGAAAUCUAACCCUGCACAUUGGGGGUUCAGCGGGUCGACCCUGAAUUUGGAUGGUUUGCAGCCGGAUAGUUUGUGUGAGCCUAUUGAUAUUUAUCUAUUGGGUUAUCCAGAGCCCAGCAAUAAGAAAGUCAAGAUCGAGUAA